AUGAAUUAUGGAUCGAGUUCCAAUGAAUUUGAUUGUGUUGCGUAUAAUGAGCAAAUACUUGAAGAAGACAACGAAGCAGAUACACUUGGUUGUCUACAAUAUGAAGCAACCGCUAAUCAAGAUGUUGUACACGGUGGCUCUGUUCUUGGACGCAAAUACAAACCUCGCGACCGAAAAGUUAGCAACACAGCUACACUCAUACCCCAAAAACUCACUGGACCAAAUUAUUCCAUGUGGACUUCUCAAAUGAACAAUCUCUUUCUUGGUUAUGACCUCAUGGGCUAUAUAGAUGGCACUAUCCUGUGUCCGCAAGCAACCACAUCAGAAUAUAAAGUUUGGGUUCGCCAAGAUCGUUUACUCCUCCUCGCUAUUCAAACUACCGUUCAAGGAUCAACGGGACCUCUCAUCACUAGAUGUGCAACAACGUAUGCGAAUAAGUCGAACACUCGCACUGUAAGUCUUAUUGACGCUUUCACUAAAAUUCAUCAAGAAGGCAAAACUAUAUCUGAGUACUUACAGCCCGUCAAAACUAUCAUUGACGAUCUUACUGCAAUUGGUCACAACAUGAGUGAUGGAGAAAUCGUCGUUCACACUCUCAACGGGCUUCCCAACUCCUACAAGGAAAUCAAGGCUGCAUUAAGGGCUCAAGAAACACUUAUUUCUUUUGACGAAUUGAUGAAAAAAUUGCUCGACUAUGAGACAAGUUUCAAGCACUCAAUCGUUGCUCCAGAGGAUACUUCCAUCACUGCCCACUUCUUUCAAAAGCAGCCUUACAAAAGGGCAAAUUUCAUUCUUCUCAAUCUCGACAACCAUCAUAUGAAGGUUAUGUUGCCAAGUUUUGUCGGUCCAGACCUCCACCGUUCAACUGGCCACAAGCAAACCUCGCAGCCUGCUCCUCCACGAGCAAUAAUUCGGGAUCUAAUUACGAGGGCAUCAUUGGUGCGAGGCCAGAGUAAGGACAAUGUCUACGAGUGGCCGACCUCUAUCACAGAUUCAUCUCAAACCAUCUCUUCCUUAGCAUACACGGCAAUAAAGUCAAACUUCCUUUCACCGUCUACCCACCUCUGGCAUAGUCGUCUUGGCUACCCUUAUUUCAUGGUUGAUCGAGAACCCUCCUCCACCUACAAACAAGCCCUGCAAAAUCCCAUGUGGCGUCAAGCCAUGUGUGAUGAAUAUAAUGUCUUACUCUCAAAUAAAACCUGCUCUCUUGUCCCUAGAACUGUCACACAAAACAUUAUCGGUUGUAAGUGGGUUUAUAAGAUCAAGAGAAAUCCGGAUGGUUCAAUAGCCCGCCUUGUAGCCAAGGGAUUCAAUCAGCGUCUCGGAAUUGAUUUCUCUGAGACUUACGGUCCAGUUGUUAAACAUGCUACUGUUCGACUAAUACUUACACUUGCUGUAACUAAUGGUUGGCCUUUACGCCAACUUGACGUUAACAAUGCCUUCUUGCAAGGAUCUUUAUCUGAUGAGGUUUUCAUGGAUCAACCACCCGACUUUAUUAAUACUGAUUUUCCGCACCAUUUUUGCAAGAUUACGAAAGCAAUAUAUGGUCUUCGACAAGCUCCAAGAGCUUGGUAUCAAGAAUUGCCUAAUUUCUUGCUUAGCACUGGAUUCAUCACCUCACCCUCGGACACAUCCUUAUUCAUGUAUUUGAGAUCUGGCUAUAAUGUCUAUCUUCUAAUUUAUGUGGAUGAUACCAUCAUCACUGGCUCCUGUGUAACUGAUGUUAUUGAGUUCAUUACAUUGUUAUCUCGGCAUUUUUCUCUCAAGGACCUUGGUCUUCUCUCCUACUUUCUUGGCAUAGAAGCAAUCCAAGUUGUGAUGGAUUAUUUUUGUCCCAACGAAAAUAUAUUUCCGACCUUCUAG